AUGAGGAAAAAUUCGUCGAAAAAUGGCGAAAAGACUCCAUUGUUAGCCGCACCGGAUUAUAUUAGCCUAAGGUAACAAAAUUUCGGGGAUUUUUUGGGAAUUCUGGAUUUUUUGGCGAAAAAUUCAGAAAAUUUGGACUUUUUUGAGGUACAGUAAGCCUUGCAGUCUUUUUUUGGCGCCAAUUUUUCAGCUAGAAAUAUUUGAAUUGGAUUUUUGGCUUCACAAAAAUCUUAUUUUCAAGUUCAAUUUUUCAAGCUACACAAAUUUGGCGCCAAAAAUUUUGAAAAAAAAUCUCAAAAGCGUGAUUUUUUGAGGUACAGUAAGCCUUGCAGUCUUUUUUUUUGGCGCCAUUUUUUGACCCCCAAAAUAUCACAAAAAAGUACGCGAAAACCCGUAUCUCUGGUCAAUUUUUGAUCAAUUUUUCUUUUUUUCUCAGAUUUUUUUUUGAAAAUGAAAAAAUCAUAGAAACAAAGUUCAAACUACAAACUUUUUUAUCUCAAGUUUUCAAAAAAAAAAUUUUUUUCUUUUUUUUUUGAAAAAUCAAUGCGCAAUGUUUUAUUUGUCUUUUCUUUAUUAUCACAUCAUUUUCCAAAAAAAAAAAAAAAAAAAAAAAUUUUUGCCCUUUUUUCUCUGCGUCUCUCAUCUCUCUCAAGGUUGGCCUGGAAACCCCCGCCCAUUUAUUUAUCACAUCUAAAAACUUUUUUUUGAAAAUUUAUUUUUUGGCGCCAAAAAAAUUAUGAAAACUAGAAAAGGUGGCUUGAGAGAUGAGCCAUUGUUGCUCGAAAAAUUGUGAGUUUUUCUGGGGAAAAUUUUUGAAUUUCAAAAUUUCCCGCCUGAAAAAUUGAACAUUUUUCAGCCGAACUUCGCUGGACACUGAAAAUUCGGAUGAUUGUACGAUUAAAGUCACAAAUUUUGGAUUGGUGAGUUGUUUUCUAGCCGUUGCGCCUUUAAAAUUCGAAUUUUUCGCUUCGAGACCCGAAUUCUAGCGCUUGAUCUACAGCGAAACAAAUUGCGGACUUUGAAACACCAUACCUUACGCGCAAAAUUUAUUAUUUUUUUUUCAAACCCAAUUUUGAGCCCUUAGAUCAAGAGAUAAAAUUUUGCUCCAAAAAAGUUUUCUGCUCAGAAUUUUGAGCUCUACAAGUUGCGCUAACUCUCAAUAUUUUUCCAGUUCACCUACACACAAGGCUACGACUAUGUUCUGUUUGUAUUCGGUACAAUCGCCUCAAUUAUCCAUGGAGCAGGUUUUCCCCUGCUGGCCAUUGUUUUGGGAGGAAUGACGACCACUUUUUUGCGAGCUCAAAAUUCGGAAUUUGUUGUUGGAGCGGGAAAAGUUGAUCCAACUGGAUUGCCCGAAAUUUCACAGUAAGUUAUACUAGUUUAAUAUGAGCAAUGUAGGUUUCUUAACAAAAAAUGUGAGGAAUCUUUGAAAAAUCUAACCUGAGCAAUCCCAAGAAAAUGCUCAUUUUUUUCCAGAGAAGAAUUCAAUUCGCAAGUCUCAAUCUACUGUAUUUAUUAUCUAUUUUUGGGAGUUGUCAUGUUUAUCACAAGUUAUAUUCAAAUUGCAUGUUUCGAAUCGUAUGCCGAAAGAAUUGUGCACAAAUUACGACAGAAUUAUCUGAAAUCGAUAUUGAGACAACAAAUCGAGUGGUUUGACAAGCAGCAGACUGGAAAUUUGACAGCCAGGUUGACUGAGUGAGUUUUGGCGGAAGUUUUUGGGGUUGGGAGGGUGUAGAGCGAGAAAUUUGGGUCCGGAGCCAAAUUUUAUGCUCUCCAAGUUCUAGAGCUCAAAAAUUCAGCUCUAAAACAUUCUGGAGCCGAAUGUUAUGCUCUCCAAGUUCUAGAGCUCUAAAAUUUGCUCCAAAACAUUUUGGAGCCAAAUUUUGAGCUCUCCAAGUUCUAGAGCUCAAAAAUUUAGCUCUAAAAUAUUCUGGAGCCAAAUUUUGAGCUCUCGAAGUGCUAGAGCUCAAAAAUUUAGCUCUAAAACAUUCUGGAGCCGAAUUUUGAGCUAUCCAAGUUCUAGAGCUCAAGAUUUUGCCCUGAAAUGUUUCCUGAGCCAAAUUUUAUGCUCAACAGGUUCUAGAGAUCAAGAUUUGGCUCAGAAAACCUUCCUAGGUCAAAUUUUAAGCUUUCGAAGUGCUAGAGCUCAUAAAUUUCAGCUCUAAAACAUUUUGGAGCCGAAUUUUGAGCUCUCCAAGUUCUAGAGCUCAAAAUUUUGCCCAGAAAAACUUCCUAGGUCAAAUUUUGAGCUCUUCAAGUUCUAGAGCUCAAAAAUUUGGCUGUAAAACAUUCUGGAGCCAAAUUUUGAGCUCUCCAAGUUCUAGAGCUCAAAAAUUUGGCUCUAAAACAUUCUGGGGCCGAAUUUUGAGCUCUUCCAGAUGCUCUUGCUCAUUUUUUUCCAAUUUUGCAGCGAUCUCGAACGUGUUCGUGAAGGUCUUGGUGACAAACUCGCUUUGCUCAUUCAAAUGCUCUCCGCUUUUGUGGCCGGAUAUGGAGUUGGGUUCUUCUACAGGUCAGCGUUUUUUUUUAUUUUUCAAAAUUUCAAAAAUAUUUUUGACACAAACAAAACCAUUAAAAAUUUCUCUGAAAAAAUAACUUUUAUUGGUUUUUUUUUUUGAAAAAAAUAUAAUUAUGACUCAUUUUUUUGGUUUCGAAAAAUAGACAAUAAUUUCAUGAGGACAAUUUUAGGGGUUUUAAACGAGCAUGGUGACUUGAAAAAAAAUUCUAGAAAUUUAGCACAUCUUGUAGAGCUCAAAAUUCUGAGCAGUAAAUCUGUUUACACCAAAAAUUCUUGAUCUACUGGCUCAAAAUCAGGACCAAAAAUCGAUAAUUUAGCAAGUGCGCUCUAUUGAUAAUCCUCUUUUUCAUCAGAAAUUUUAAAUUUUUGAGUAGAAAACUUGAAAAAUUCACAGUAAAUCGAUAAUUUAGCAAGUGCGCUCUAUUGAUAACCUGUUUUGAAGUCCGAAAUUUUUGUGUACCUGUAGAUCAAGAGCUAGAAUUUUGGUGUAAACAGGUUUUUGCUCAGAAUUUUGAGCUCUACAAGAUGGGCUAGGUCUCGAAGCGGAAAAUUGAAAUUUUAAAGGAACAUGGCAUCUUGAAAAAAUGUUCUAGAAAUUUAGCACAUCUUGUAGAGCUCAAAAUUCUGAGCAGAAAACUAUUUUACACUAAAAUUCCAUCUCUUGAUCUACUGGUAGAAAAUGGCUUUUGAAAAAUUGCGGACUUUAAAACAUCAUAUUUUACGCGCAAAAUUUUUGAACCCGAUUUUCUACCAGUAGAUCAAGUUGGGAAUAUGUUUUCUGCUCAGAAUUUUGAGCUCUACAAGAUGAGCCGGGUCUCGAAGCGAAAAAAAAUGCAAUAAUUAUUUUUGCAGCUGGUCAAUGACCCUUGUAAUGAUGGGAUUCGCCCCAUUAAUAGUAUUAUCUGGUGCUUGGAUGAGUCGAAGUAUGGCUAGCCGAACAAAAGUCGAACAAGAAACAUAUGCGGUAGCCGGAGCGAUCGCGGAAGAAACAUUUUCCUCAAUUCGAACUGUUCAUUCUUUGAAUGGUCAUAAAAGAGAGCUGGAACGGUUUGGAAAUGCACUGGAAACUGGCCGAAAAACUGGAAUCGUCAAAUAUUUUUACAUGGGAAUUGGUGUGGGAUUCUCGAAUUUUUGCAUGUAUGCCAGUUAUGCGUUGGCUUUCUGGUACGGUAGUCGAAUUAUCAUCGAGGAUCCGACUUUUGAUCGUGGUCUCAUUUUCACCGUCUUCUUUUCGGUUAUGUCGGGAAGUACGGCGCUUGGUGGAGCUCUGCCGCAUUUGGGGAGUAUUGCGGUUGCGAGAGGGGCGGCGACGACGGUUUUGAGGGUUAUUAAUUCGGUGAGUUUUUUUCUUCGGUGAAAAUGAGUUAGCUCAUCUUGUAGAGCUCGAAAUUCUGAGCAGAAAACUCUUUUACACCAAAAUUCUAGCUCUUGAUCUACAGCGAAACAAAUUGCGGACCUAGAAACACCAUAGUUUACGCGCAGAAAUGUAAUUUUCAAACUUGAUUUUGAGCCCGGUAGAUCAAGAGAUGGAAUUUUGGUGUAAACAAGUUUUCUGCUCAGAAUUUUGAGCUUUACAAGUUGUGCUCUAAAUUUCUAGAAAUUUUUUUUCAAGUGACCAUGCUCCUUUAACAAAAGAUCAAAUUUUGCUCCGAGACCCGGUCCAUCUUGUAGAGCUCGAAAUUCUGAGCAGAAAACUCUUUUACACCAAAAUUCUAGCUCUUGAUCUACUGGUGGAAAAUGGCUUUUGAAAAAUUGCGGACCUAGAAACACCAUAGUUUACGCGCAAAAAUGUAAUUCUCAAUUUUGAGCCCAGUAGAUCAAGAGAUGGAAUUUUGGUGUAAACAAUUUUUUUGCUCAGAAUUUUUAGCUCUACAAGAUGUGCUAAAUUUCUUUUUAAAAAAUUUUUUCAAGUGACCAUGCUCCUUUAACAAAAGAUCUCAAUUUUGCUCCGAGACCCGGCUCAUCUUGUAGAGCUCGAAAUUCUGAGCAGAAAACCUGUUUGCACCAAAAUUCUAGCUCUUGAUCUACUGGUGGAAAAUGGCUUUUGAAAAAUUGCGGACCUAGAAACACCAUAGUUUACGCGCAAAUUUUUUUUUCAAAUUUGUUUUUGAGCCCGGUAGAUCAAGAGAUGGAAUUUUGGUGUAAACAAGUUUUCUGCUCAGAAUUUUGAGCUCUACAAGAUGCACUAACUUAUUUUUAUCGAAAAAACAAAUUCCCGGGUUCCUUUAAGCUCAAAACAUCAUAUUUUACGCGCCAAAAUCAAAAAUUUCCAAUUUUUUUUCUAAAAAAAUUUUUUUUGGAGUGUACAUGUACCUUUAAAAACCAACAUCAAAAUCCAUUGAUCUCAAUUAAUUUUCGAAAAAAAAAAUGAUUUCAUUCAUUAAUUCACUAAUUUGAUAAGAACUAUAGAAUACAAAAGAAAAUAUCAUCUUUUUAUUAAAAAUCAUGGGAAAAUGAUCAAGAUCAAGAUUUUAGCGCGGGGAAAAUGACCCUAAAUUAGGCCCUAAAUCUACAGUAACCUAGGCUUAUGUGGUCUCAAAAAGAUCAGAAGAAUCUCAAUUUUCUAAUUUCAGAUCCCAAAAAUCGAUCCAUAUUCUCUGGAAGGUAUCAAAUUGUCACAAGUUAAAGGAGACAUCAAAUUCGAAAAUGUGCACUUCAGAUAUCCAUCGCGCAAAGAAAUCCCGAUUCUACGCGGAAUUUCGCUGAAUUUGAAAGCUGGCGAUAAAAUCGCAUUGGUUGGAUCAAGUGGAUGCGGAAAAUCGACGAUUGUUAAUUUGUUGCAAAGGUGAGGGAAUUUCUUACUCCGAGACUUGGCUCAUCUUGUAGAGCUCAAAAUUUGGCUCCGGAAACAUUUCAGUGGCUAAAUUUUGAGCUGGAGAGCUUGGAGAGCUCAAAAUUUGACCUAGGAACGUUUUCUGAGCCAAAUCUUGAGCCUUAGAAUUUCGAGAGCUCAAAAUUCGGCUCCAGAAUGAUUUAGAGCGAAAUUUUUGAGCUCGAGAUCUUCGAGAGCUCAAAAUUUGACCUAGAAAGGUUUUCUGAGCCAAAUCUAGAGCUCUAGAACUUGGAGAGCAUAAAAUUUGGCUCCAGAAUGUUUUAGAGCUAAAUUUUAGAGCUCUAGAGCUUGGAGAGCAUGAAAAAUUGACCCAGGAAAGUUUCCGGAGCGAAAUUUUUGAGCUCUAGAACUCGGAGAGCUCAAAAUUCGGCUCCAGAAUGUUUAAGAGCAAAAUUUUUGAGCUCUAGAACUCGGAGAGCUCAAAAUUUGGCUCCAGAAUGUUUUAGAACUAAAUUUUCGAGCUCUAGAACUUGGAGAGCUCAAAAUUCGACCUAGGAACGUUUUCUGAGGCAAAUCUUGAGCUCUAGAACUUGGAGAGCUCAAAAUUCGGCUCCAGAAUGUUAUAGAGCGAAAUUAUUGAGCUCGAGAGCUUGGAGAGCUCAAAAUUCGGCUCCAGAAUGUUUGAGAGCGAAAUUACUGAGCUCUAGAACUUGGAGACCUCAAAAUUUGACCUAGGAAGGUUUUCUGAGCCAAAUCUUGAGCUCUAGAACUUGGAGAGCUGUCCCAAAUUCCAAAUUCAUUUUCAGAUUCUACGAUCCCACCAAAGGCCGUGUAACCCUCGAUGGCUACGACUUAAAAGAAGUCAACGUGCACAGUCUACGCGAUCAAAUCGGAAUAGUUUCCCAAGAGCCCGUGCUUUUUGAUGGCACAAUUUAUGAGAAUAUUAAAAUGGGAAAUGAAAAUGCGACACAUGAUCAGGUUAUUGAAGCAUGCAAAAUGGCGAAUGCAAAUGAUUUUAUCAAAAGAUUACCGGAAAGUUAUGGAACACGAGUUGGAGAAAAGGGCGUGCAAUUAUCUGGCGGGCAGAAACAGAGAAUCGCAAUUGCUAGAGCUCUUGUGAAAAAUCCCAGAAUUCUAUUGCUCGAUGAAGCAACAUCAGCACUAGAUACUGAAGCCGAGCAAGAAGUUCAAACAGCUCUGGAUCAGGCACAAACUGGAAGGACUACGAUUACUGUAGCACAUCGAUUAUCAACAAUUCGAAAUGUUGAUCAGAUAUUUGUGUUCAAAGCCGGAAAUAUUGUGGAGAAUGGAAAUCAUGAGGAAUUGAUGGCGAAGAAGGGCGUUUUCUUUGAGAUGACACAGGCACAGGUUUGGGAUUUUUAUUGGAAUUUUCAUUUAAAAAGGCCUGGCACAGAUUUUCUGAUCAUUUUGAUACUAAAUUUGAUAUCAGAUCAUUUUCCUGAUCAUUUUGAUAGGAAAUGAGCUGGGAUUUAAGCCACGCCCCUUUUUCUGCAAGCCUCGCACGGUUUUUCUGAUCAUUUUGAUAUGAAAUAGGAUGGGAUUUAAGCCACGCCCCUUUUUCUGCAAGCCUCGCACGGUUUUUCUGAUCAUUUUGAUAUGAAUUAAGCCACGCCCCUUUUUCUGCAAGCCUCGCACGGUUUUCAAAAAUCUGUAGAUUUUGAAAAUUAGUCCUAGAAUCUACAGUAACCUAGGUUUAUUUGGUAUCAGAAAAAUCAGAAAAGUUCCCAGAAUCUAUGGGCCCAGAUUCAGAUUUUUCAGAAAUUUGUAGAUCACAAAAAUUGGGGCCCUAAAUCUACAGUAACCUAGGCUUAUCUAGUCUCAAAAUAUCACAUUUUUCGGAAAUUUUUAGAUCACAAAAAUUGGGCCCCAAAUCUACAGUAACCUAGGCUUAUUUGGUCUCAAAAAAACCCGAUUUUCAGGUUGUUCGCCAAGAGCAAAAAGAAGCUGAAAAAUUGGAGAAAGAUGAGGAUUUGAAGAGUGAAACAAAGUCGAAUGUGAGCCGAAAAAGUUCGGCGAGAAGUGCGAUUUCGAUUGCGACAAGUAUUCAUGCUUAUCAUGAAGAGGUUGAGGUUGGUUUUGAGAGCAUUGCUCAUAUUAAACUCCAUUUUUUCAUUUUUGCUCAUAUUAGCCUUUGAAAUACCCAUUUUUCGAGCAUUGCUCAUAUUAAUUCAGGAAAUCUGGGACCUUGACCCGGAACCCACGCACCAUUUAAUCACCCAAAUUCGAUCAGCAUUUGGUGGUGUAAGUUUGGCUAACUUCUAACUUUUUUGGUAUGAGUUAUGCUAACUUCUAACCGAUUUUCCAAAAAUCCUGAAGGAUUUUGAGUUCCUCUAACUUUUUGCAUGUUUUUUCACUAAUUUUCAGCCUAAAAAAUCCCAAAUUCAAUUUUUUUCCAGGAAUGCAAAGCUCCGCCCACUUCGCUCUCGAAAAUCUUCCGCUUCAACCGCGAAAAUAUGGGCUAUUUUUUUGGCGGUCUAUUUGGAGCUGUGAUUUUUGGCUCGGUUACCCCGGUUUUUGCCAUGGUUUAUGCGGAAAUAUUUAAUGUGAGUUGCGGGGCACAGAAAAGGGGGCGUGGCCUGAUUUUAGAGCAGGCUCCGCACACUUUUUUAUCCUCCUAAGCUUUCCAAACUCCCUAAGACUUUUAGGCACUUACCCUAACUCUCUAAGCUUCCAAAAUUGUUCCCAAGCUUCCAAAAUACUUACCCUAACUCCCUAAGCUCCCAAAAUUGUUCCCAAGCUUCCCCUAAGCUCUCCGAGCCCACAAAAAUCUUGCAGGUCUACUCGGAACCGCCCGAAAAAAUGGCUCAAGACGUGCUCUUCUGGUGUGUGAUGUUCCUCGUAAUGGGCCUAGUGUUUUUCGUCGGAUUCUUCAUUUCUGCCAAUUGUUUGGGACGUUGUGGAGAGGCGCUGACAAAGAAGCUGCGAUUUGAAGCAUUCAAAAAUCUGAUGCGACAGGAUAUUGCAUUUUAUGAUGAUUUGAGGCAUGGAACCGGAAAAUUGUGUACCAGGUAGGCGAUUUUUGGAAUCUCUGGGGGAUUUGGAGCAUUUUGAGCCCAAACAUGAUAUAGUUUUGAUGAAUUUUGAAAAAGUGCACCAUUUUGGAGCCGAAAGUUAACGGAACUUGAGAUUCUAGUGAUUUUUAGAAGUGCUCAUGGUGAUUUUCGGAUUCUCCGUGAAAUUUGGAGCAUUUUGAGCCCAAACAUGAUAUGUUUUGGUGAAUUUUGAAAAAUUGCACCAUUUUGUCGCCAAAAUGGUGCAAUUUUCAAAAUUUCACCAAAAUAUAUCAAUAUGGGUGUCUAAAAAUCCGAAAUUUCACGCUGAAUUUGAAUUUUGGUAUGGAAACAUGUGAAAAUCAAGAAUUCUCCGGGUUUUCCGAAUUUUGAAAAAUUUCAGAACUUUUAACAUUACAGUUUAAGAGUUCUAGGAGUUUAAAGGAUUUUUGAGUAUUUUUUCGUGAUUUCUGAGGUUCUGGCGAGAAUUUUGAGCCCAAACAUGAUGAAGUUUUGAUAAAUUUUGAAAAUUGCACCAUUUUGGCACCAAAAUGGUGCAAUUUUCAAAAAUUUUCAGAACCAUAUCAAUAUGGAGCUCAAAAUUCUCGAAAAAAUCUCAGGAGCAACUCUAAAUCUAUAAAAACUCUUGAAAAUUUCUAGAACUUUUUGAAAAUUCAAAUUUCAGAUUCGCGACCGAUGCUCCAAAUGUUCGCUACGUCUUCACCCGUCUCCCCAUAGUUAUCGCAAGUGUUGUCACAAUUUUCGGAGCUCUCGCCGUCGGUUUUAUUUAUGGUUGGCAAUUGGCAUUGGUUCUAGUUGUGAUGGUCCCAUUGAUUGUAUUGAGUGGAUAUUAUGAGAUGCAAAUGAGAUUUGGAAAACAGAUUCGAGACACGGAAUUGUUGGAAGAGGCCGGGAAAGUGAGUUUUUUGAAUUCCUGGGGAGAUUUGGAGUUUUUUGACACCCAUAUUGAUAUACUUUGGGAAAACUUGGAAUUUUGGAGCAUUUUCGAGCCAGAAGUUAAAGGAACUCUGGUUUCUAGAAAGUUUUAGGGUUUCUCAUGGUGAUUCUUGGAUUCCUUGUGAAAUUUCGCGAUUUUAGACACCCAUAUGUAUAUAGUUUGGUGAAACUUGAAAUUUUGAAGUUUUUAGCCCUAAAUCCAUCAAAAUCUAUCAUUUUUGGGCUGAAAAUGCUCCAAAUCACCCCAGAAGCCUGAAAAAUUCAAUUUCAGAUCGCCUCGCAAGCUGUCGAACACAUCAGAACCGUGCAAUCUCUCAAUCGCCAGGAGCAAUUCCACUUCACAUACUGUGAAUAUUUACGCGAACCCUAUAAGACUAACCUGAGACAUGCUCAAACCUAUGGAGCAGUUUUUGCAUUUUCGCAAAGUCUGAUUUUUUUCAUGUAUGCCGCCGCUUUUUGGUUGGGAAGCAUUUUUGUGAAUAAUGGAGAGAUGCAACCGAUUGAUGUUUAUAGGUUGGUCAGGGGAAGUUCUGAGGGUUUUUGAGAGUUCGGAUGGAUUUUUUGGGAUUCCUGAGGUUCUGGCGAGAAUUUUGAGCCCCAUAUUGAUAUAGUUUUGAAGAAUUUUUGAUUUUCACCAUAUAGUUGCACCAUUUUGGCGCAAAAAUGGUGUGAUUUUCAAAAUUCACCAAAACUAUAUCAAUAUGGUGCUUAAAAUUUGCCAAAUUUCAUGAAUAAUCCGAAAAUCACUGUGAAAACCCCUCAAACUCGGAAUUUCUCUUGAAAUCUCCAAUGUUUAGAAAAAUUUUGAGAUCGAGAAUUUUUCAAUUUGAGAGUUCUAGAGGUUUUUUUGUAUUUUAAAGAGUUUUUCGAGAUUCCUGAGAUCCUGGCGAGAAUUUUGAGCCCCAUAUUGAUAUAGUUUUGGAGAAUUUUCGAUUUUCACCAUAUAGUUGCACCAUUUUGGUGCAAUUUUCAGAAUUUAUCAAAACUAUAUCAAUAUGGGGCUCAAAAUUCAGCAAAUAUCACGGAGAUUCCGAAAAUCACUGUGAAAACACCCCAAACUCAAAUAAUUCUCUUGAAAUCGAAUUUUUAGAAAAAUUUUGAGAUCUAGAAUUUUUCGAUUUGAGAGUUUUAGAUGUUUUCUUGUAUUUUAAAGAAUUUCCCCAGAUUCCUGAGGUUUCUACGGGAAUUUUGAGCCCCAUAUUGAUAUAGUUUUGAAGAAUUUUCGAUUUUCACCAUAUAGUUGCACCAUUUUGGUGUAAUUUUCCAAAUUUAUCCAAAGUAUAUCAAUAUGGGACUUAAAAUUCACCAAAUCUCAUGAAAAAUCAAAAAAUCGCUGUGAAAACACCCCAAACUCAAAGUUUCUCUUGAAAUCUAAUUUUUAGAAAAAUUUUGAGAUCGAGAAUUUUUCAAUUUGAGAGUUCUAGAGGUUUUCUUGCGUUUUUGAAGGGUUUCUUGGGAUUCCUGAGGUUCUAGGGAAAAUUUUGAGCCCCAUAUUGAUAUAGUUUUGAAGAAUUUUUGAUUUUCACCAUAUAGUUGCACCAUUUUUGGUGCAAUUUUCAAAAUUUACUCAAAAUCUAUCAAUGUGGGGCUCAAAAUUCAUCAAAUUUCACGGAGAUUCCGAAAAUCACUAUAAAAACCAAUGAAAGUAUCUAGAACCUUGAGUUCCGUUAACUUCUGGAGCUAAAAUGGUGAAAUUUUCAAAAUAUACCAAUAUGGGUGUCAAAAUUCAGCAAAUUUUACGAGGAAUUCAAAAAUCAUCACCAAAAAUGUUUGCAGAGUCUUCUUCGCUAUCAGUUUUUGCGGACAAAUGAUCGGAAACACCACCUCAUUCAUCCCAGAUGUUGUAAAAGCUCGUCUCGCCGCCUCUCUUCUCUUCUAUCUCAUCGAACAUCCAACAGCAAUCGAUUCAUUGUCCGAAAAUGGAGUUGUUAAACCGAUUUCGGGUAACUUGUCCAUCAGAAAUAUUUGGUUCAAUUAUCCGACGAGAAAAGAGACCAAGGUUUUGCAAGGAUUUUCGUUGGAUGUGAGUUUUUCCUGAUUUUUGAGGGAUUUUUUGAGAUUCCUGAGGUCUUUACGAGAUUUUAGACACCCAUAAUGAUAUACUUUUGUGGAAUUUUGAAAUUUUGGAGCAUUUUAGAGCCAGAAAGUUAACGGAAGUCAGGGUUCUAGUUAUUUUCAAGGCUUCUCAGGUUGAUUUUUGGAUUCCCCGUGAAAUUUGGAGAUUUUAGACACCCAUUUUGAUAUAUUUUGGUGAAUUUUUGGAAAUGGGACCGUCUGGAAAAAGGUCCAAUUUUGAAAAACCCAUCAAAGUAUAUCAAUAUGGGUGUCAAAAAUCUCCAAAUUUCAGGGGGAAUCCGAAAAUCAACCUGAAAAGCCUUAAUACUAUCUAGAACGCUGAGUUCCGUUAACUUUCCGCUCCAAAAUGAUGUAAUUUUCAAAACCCACUCAAAGUAUAUACAUAUGGGUGUCAAUAAUCUCCAAAUUUCACGGGAAACUCGAAAAUCACCAUGGUUUUGCAUGAAAUUUGAAAUUUUCUGAAGAUUUCUAGAAGAUUCUGGGGUGUUUUAUGGGAUUCCUGAUUGUGAGGGAAUAUCGAGGUUUUAGACACCAAUAUUGAUAUAUUUCAGUGGAUUUUUGAAAAUUGCACCAUUUGGAGCCCAAAAAUCCACCAAAAUUCAUGAUUCUUGGGUUCAAAAUGCUCCAAAUCGCCCUUUGAGCACCAAAAAAAUCACAUUUUUUCUUCCAGAUCAAACCCGGUCAAACUGUGGCGCUGGUCGGACAUUCCGGAUGUGGAAAAUCGACAAUUAUGGGACUUCUGGAGCGAUUCUACAAUCAGGAUAAGGGAAUUAUUGUGAGUUUUUGCCUGGAAAUCCUGGUUUUUGGCCAGAAAUCCGUGAUUUUUGGCUAGAAAUCAUGAUUUUUGUCCAGAUAUCAUGAUUUUUGGUCAGAAAAUCAUGAUUUUUGGCUCAAAAUCCAUCAUUUUUGACCAAUUUUCCUCCAGAAACCCGGAAAAACCCCCCAAAUUUUCCCAGAUGGUCGAUGGUGACAACAUCCGCAACCUGAACAUCAGUUCAUUGCGUCAACAAGUUUGUAUCGUCUCCCAAGAGCCCACACUUUUCGAUUGCACAAUUGGCGAGAAUAUUUGCUAUGGAAUGAACAGGAAUGUGACGUAUCAAGAGGUGGUGGAGGCCGCCAAAAUGGCCAAUAUUCAUAAUUUCAUUUUGGGCCUGCCCGAGGUACGGUUUUUGUGGAAUUGUGCCCGAAAAUUGGGAUUUUUUGAGCCAAAAUUGAUGAUUUUUGGCGUAUUUUAGGUCAGGGUACUGUUACAGUAACCCGAACUGCAAAAAAAUGGCUAAUCAAUGUAUUUUGCAGUUCGAAAUACUGUAUUUUUUGGAAAAUCUACAGUAAUCCUAGCCCUCAUUGAUUUAUAGAAAUUCCGGAACUACAGUAAUCAAACUGCAAAUGUUGAAUUACAGUACUCCGAACUGCAAAACAUCUAGGCUUUUUUGAUUUUCGAAAAAAAAGUUCCAAAAUUUCUUGGGCAUCAAAAUUACAGUAUCCCAGACUGCAAGUGUUGAAUUACAGUAGUCCGAACUGCAAAACAUCUAGGCUUUUUUGAUUUUCGAAAAAAAGUUCCAAAUUUCUUGGGGAUCAAAUCUACAGUAAUCGGGACUGCAAAAUAAAAGCUACAGUACUCCAGACUGCAAAACAUCUAGGCUUUUUUUGAUUUUCAAAAAAAAAAGUUUCAAAAUGUCUGAGGAUCAAAACUACAGUACCCCUAGGCUCAUUCGGUAUCAAAAAAUUCCGAAUUUUUUUUAGACUCUACAGUACCCCCGCCUACUGUAUAUCAAAAAAAAUCCCAAAUUUCAUUUUUUGCAGGGCUACGACACUCCGGUCGGUGAAAAAGGCACACAACUUUCGGGCGGUCAAAAACAGCGAAUCGCAAUUGCUCGAGCUCUCGUCAGAUCACCUUCUGUUUUAUUGUUGGAUGAGGCGACAAGUGCUUUGGAUACAGAGUCUGAAAAGGUGAGGGGCCUAGAAAAGCCUGAAAUCUGGGCUUAAACCAAUUUUCAGGCCGAAAAAAGAGCUUUUUUAGCCUGGAAAUGGCCUAAAAGCCUGAUUUUCAGCCUAAAAUCCUUCAAAUAUUUUGCAGAUAGUCCAAGAAGCGCUGGACACAGCUCGCGAAGGUCGCACAUGCAUCGUAAUAGCUCACCGCCUGAGCACAAUUCAAAAUAGUGACGUCAUAGCUGUAGUGAGCGAUGGUCGAAUUGUUGAAAAAGGAACACACGAUGAGCUCAUCUCAAAAUCGCCGAUCUAUAAAAAAUUGUGCGAAUCGCAGAAAAUUGUCGAAAAUCAAUAA